AUGAGCUUAUACCAUUCUCCAGCAAUUUUUUCAACCUCAUCUGAAGCCGUGGAUAAUAUAAAAAGGCUGGAGAAUUGGACUCCAAUCACUCUCAACUCAAUCGUAAAACAAGGUCAGUGGUUGUGCAAUAAGUUUAUGAUCUAAAAUACGCUCGAGUUUCUUUUGAAUAUUUUUGCAGGCUCUCCAAGAAGGAUUCGAGUUUAUGCUGACGGAGUUUUUGAUCUAUUUCAUGUUGGACACGCCAAACAGUUCCAACAGAUCAAAGAGCUGUUGCCGGACUGUUAUCUUGUGGUUGGAGGUGGGUUUCGAAAUUUUGAAGUCAUAAUAAUAGUUUUUUUAGAUUUUUUUAGUCUUUUUUAUUUGCACUGUGCAGUUUUUCAAAAGAUUUUUUUUUAAUAUUUUGCACCGUGCAAAUUUUUUUCAAGCUCUGCACUGUGCAAUGGACAACAAAAAAAAUUUGCAGAGUAAAAAAAAUGUUAAUUUUUAGGCAAUAUAAAUAAACGAAAAUUGUAUUUCGCACUGUGCAAAAUGAUUCCCAACCUCUCUGCACUGUGCAAUGGAGAUUUCUAAAAUCUCGCACAGUGCGCCCAAAAUUUGUUUGCCGCUGCACCGAAAAGAAAAUUUUUCUGAAAGGAAAACGCGUCGCAACUCUGUCCUUCCGCACAGUGCAGUCAAACCUUUUCUUUGCACUGUGCAAAAAACAAAAUUUCUGUUUUCUGCACCGUGCAGCCAUAAAAAAAGACAUCGCACUGUGCAAAAGUAAAAUUUGCCAUCGAUAAAAAAAUAUAGUCAAAAAAAAAAAUUUCAGUUGUAUCUGACGCUGAUACACUUCAUUACAAAGGAGGGAAUACUGUAAUUUCCGAGGCGGAACGGGCUGAAAUGGUGAGCCAUUGCCGAUACGUGGACGAGGUCUACAUUGACCCUCCAUUCUACCCCACAUUGGAGUUUGUGGACGAAAUAAAGGUUAGUUUACAUUGUUUUUGACAUCAACUUGUCCAAAAUUGGCAUCAAUUUAUAUUGUCCAUGAGAUCAAAAAAUUUUUGUUUUAAUUUAUAAAUCAAUGUAAAUUAAAUAUUUUCAGUGUGAUCUAGUGGCUCAUGAUGACAUUCCAUACGCUAUUAACGAUAACAUCGACGAUUGUUAUUUGCCAUUUAAGAAAUCUGACCGAUUUUUGGCCACGGCUCGAACUCCUUGCAUUUCCACGACCAGCAUUGUUCAAAAGAUCCUUGAUUCCACAGAGAUGUACCAGAAACGACAAGAAAUUAGGCUUCUCAAAGAGCACCGACAAUUUGAAAAUCAGGGAUAA